AUGGGAGAUCAGGACAUAGGUCUAGAUUUUGAGAUUGAGCCUCGAGUUGGUAUAAUAUUUAAUUCAGAGAUCAAGGCUUACAAAUUCUAUAAUUCCUAUGGGGGAAGGAUGGGUUUCAGUGUGAGGAGAGACUAUGCACAUUGGAGUAAAACUGAUAAGUCAAUCCUAACUUCAAGGAAAUUCGUAUGUAGUAAACAAGGUUUGAGGAAAAAAGACAAACGAGAUGCUGAUACAAAGAUACCGAGAGCAGAGACAAGAACUAAUUGUAAUGCACGGAUGGGAAUUGUGCGUAUUGAUAAUGGACAAUAUCAAUGUAAUAUAUUUACUGAAGAGCAUAAUAAUCCUCUACAUUUACCGGCUACAUUGCAUAUGAUGCGGUCGCAACGGAAAGUUUCAGAUGCCCAUGCGAUAGAGAUUGAUUUAGCCGAUGAUUCUGGAAUAAAACCUAAGGCCAUAUUUGAGUACAUGAGCAGGCAAGCAGGUGGAAAAGAAAACAUUGGGUUUAUCAGACAAGAUCAAAAGAAUUACCUCCGAACAAAACAUCAGCGUGACUUAUCGUAUGGUGAAGCUGGUAGUUUGUUGAUGUACUUUGAAAACCAAACAAGGAAAAACCCUUCUUUUACAUAUGCAUUACAAUUGGAUAGUGAGGAGCAAAUAACAAAUAUAUUCUGGGCAGAUCCAAAAAUGUUAAUAGACUAUGCUCAUUUUGGUGAUGUAGUUAGCUUUGAUACGACAUUUUGUACUAACAAAGAAUAUAGGCCAUUCGGUGUAUUUACUGGAUUUAAUCACCAUAGAGGUAUAUGCAUUUUUGGGGCUGCCUUGUUAUAUGAUGAGACUUCAGAAUCUUUCAAAUGGUUGUUUGAGGCUUUCUUGAAAGUCCAUGGGCAAAAGAAGCCAUUAACCAUUUUUACCGAUCAAGAUGCUGCAAUGGGAAAUGCGAUAUCUGAGUACGAGGAAGUAAUAGAGUUUGAGAAUGCAUGGAUGAAAUUACGUAGUGAUCAUCUAGUUACAGAUCCUUCAUGGUUAGAUCGUAUAUAUGGACUUAAAGAGAAAUGGGCUAAGUGUUUCACCAUAGGUAUGCGAAGUACACAACUCAGUGAGAGUUUGAAUGGUGAUUUGAAGGAUUACUUGAAAUCCAGUUUGGAUCUUGUUCAGUUUUUUAAACAUUUCGAGAGGGUGGUGAAUGACAAGCGUUAUAAUGAGUUGAAGGCAGAGUUUGAUGCAAGAAAUAAAACUCCAAGAAAUAUCUUUCCCAUGUCACCCAUUAUGAACCAAGCGUUAGAAAUUUAUACUCCUAAAAUAUUUGAAGAACUUCAACACGAGUAUAUUUGGAUUACUGCUUGUUCUAUUAAAUUUCGGAAUGAGAGUGCUGCCAUUCAUAACUACAUAGUUGCUGUUGUUGACAGAGAAGGGAAUUUCAAUGUUGAGUGUAACCCAGUUGGCCCUACUAUUGCAUGUAGUUGUAGAAAGUUUGAGACUUUUGGAAUUCUAUGUUGCCAUGCUUUGAAAAUAUUUGAUAUGCUUGAUAUCAAGUUCAUUCCUGCAAAUUAUGUAUUGAGGAGAUGGACACGGGGAGGAAGAAGCAUGAUAGUGAAAGGUGAUGACGGAACCCAAGUUGAAGAAGAUGUUAACCUAGAUUGUACACAACGUUAUAGGCUUCUUUGCCCUAAACUAGUGAGAAUAGCCUCAGAAGCAUCAAAUUCGCCUGAGGGAUAUGCAUUGGUUGACAGAGUUGCUAAUGAUUUGUGUGCAAAACUUCAAAAUCUUGCAGUCGAUGCCCCUUCAAUAAUUGUCUCAAGGGAGUACUCUAAUGUGAACAAAGUAAAAGGGAUAAAGAAUAAAUCUCCUCGCAAAGGUGGAAAGCGUCAUAAGAGUUGGGUGGAAAAGCAAAGAAAUAAAAAGAAAACAGUUAAAGCAAAUACUUCCCAGGCUUCUCAGCUAAUCCAACCAAGUGUACCAUCACAUUUAAGUCAUUGGAAUCCACCUCGUGGAUCACAAGUAAUGGAUAAUGACAACAUUUCUUACACUCAACUAUUAACAGGUGCCGAGGUGUCAUAUAUAAAAGCUUCUUCUCCUUCAUUCAACAGCUUUGAAGUAGAAAUGCUCGCAGCAAUCGUCAUUGAGAAGUUCAGUGCUUCAGUUCCUUCAAUGGCUGGUCGAAUUUGA